CCACGGCCAAGUCCAAGGCUCCAAAUACAAAAUGGGCUCCAGGCCUUCCCCCAAACCCUAAACCUCGCAAAACCCUCCGCCCUCCCCCCUCCCCCCGCUCCCUCGCCGUACACCACCACCGAAGCGGAGCGCGGAGCGGCGAUGUCGACGGCGGCGGCUACGGUGUUCCGCGGGUGCCGGGCCCUCAUGUCCCCGGCGGCGGCGGCGGCGGCAAAGGGGGGCAAGAAGACCGCAUCGGCGGCGGCGGCGGCGAAGGGGGGCAAGAAGCCCGCGUCGGCGGCCGCGAAGCCCAAGGCGGACAAGAAGCCGGUGGAUCCGAACAAUCUCCGCGGGAUCAUGCGGCCGGUGCCGGUCUCGGACGCCCUGCGCAAGUUCGGCGGCGCCGCUCACAUCUCCCGCUCCGGCGUCCUCAAGAUCGUCUGGGACUACAUCAAGGCCAAGGACCUCCAGAACCCACUGAACAAGAGGGAGAUCAUCUGUGACGAGAAGCUCAAAACCAUCUUUCCUGGGAGGAACACGGUUCAUAUGAUGGAGGUCACCAAGCUCUUGUCCCCUCAUUUCGUGAAGACUAUCUAAGGCUGUCGAGUGGGGGGCCAACGCUUGUGCUUUCUGCCCAGGGCUAGCGUUGGAAUGGAAGGCUUCUUUUGCGAUCCCUGUCCAAGUCAUGGUUCUACUAGGUAGUUAAGUUAAUACGGAGUUCAGACUUCAGACUUUGUUCGCCAUUUAAGGGUUGGGGGUUCGGUGAUGCAUGUAAGAAGGAUUCCCUGUGUUUUGUGGUUCGUUCGGUGUUUGGGGAAUUUGAGGAUUUGCCACGCCUUUAAUUAUACUUUGAGGAUUUGCCCCCGUUUAUCCUGUAACUGAGGAUUUACCACACAUUUGCUGUAAUCUUGAGGAUUUGCCCUCUGUACACGGUUUGGAUCAUUUGGCAGAUUAUAGUAUAAAUUAUGUGACCAAAA